CUUCGUUCUGCACCAAGAGUGUUUGUUCCUUCUGCACUUCCUGGGUCCUGCAUCUCGUUUCAUCACCAGGAACCGGGGCCACUAUUUGUUUGGUCUCGGCCGUCACCCAGAGUGGAGUGUAGAGAAGCUUUAUGGCCUCGCCAGACAUAUAAAAGCCACAUUCCUAUCCCCUUCUCCCUCUUCCCCACCUUCUCUCGCCACUUUCAACUCUCACCACCCAGCCAACCACUCCAGUCAACAUGUUCAUCAACCUCACCACCAUCGUCGCCCUCCUGGCUUCUGCCUCUGCAGUCAUCGCUGCCCCCGCCCCCGCCCAGGCAGACUCUGACAUUGCUGCCCGAGACACCCAGUCCACUUGGCUCACCAUGCACAACAACUACCGCGCCCAGCACGGCGCCAAGGCUUUGACCUGGAACAGCACCCUCGCCAGCUAUGCCCAGACAUACGCCAACAAGUGUGUCUUCAAGCACAGUGGCGGCAAGUACGGCGAGAACCUCGCUGCUGGUGUCGGCUAUGAUGACGCUGCUCUCUUCAAGGGAUGGACCGACGAGUCAUCCGCUUACAGCUCUUCCAACCCCACUGCCUCGCACUUUACCCAGGUCGUGUGGAAGAGCAGCACCCAGCUCGGUUGUUACAAGGCGUCUUGCGCGGAUGGCACCAUCUUUACUGGUUAUGGAACGUCUGACUAUGUCGUCUGCGAGUACAGCCCCGCUGGAAACGUCAUCGGCCAGUUCGCUGCCAACGUUCAGAAAUAAGGUCGGAGUCUGGUAGGGGAGAGCUGGCUUCAGGUCGCUCGGAUGGUCCAUCAUCAUUAUCAUUGCUUUUAUACUUUCAUGUACAGAGUACUCGAGUACUCUACAGUAUGCCAUCGUUCUAACGCGCG